AUGCCGCAAACUCGGGCCCAGACCCGGAAAAGACACAGCAGCAACGAGACGCCCCCUCCCGCUCCCCCCAAACGAGCACGGAAGCUUCUGAACGAUGUGCCCAAUCCGUUGCCAUACCGACAACUUGACUUGAAGAGUCACCAGAUACGGAUAUUGCAUCUCCAUCCUGGAAAACGCAAAGACCCUAUCCGCUGCGUGCUUCAAACAGCACUGCUCGACGACGGCCCCAAAUACGAGGCGCUAUCCAAUGCUUGGGGAGAUCCCCUCGAUUGCCGUUCCAUCGAGGUGGACGGGAGGAGAAAGAGUAUCACGGUCAAUUUGUACCAUGCUCUUCUGAGAUUACGCUACCCAAGACGCGAGCGAUGUCUCUGGGUGGAUGCUUUAUGCAUCAACCAGGACAAUGACAUCGAGAAAUCACAUCAGGUUAAGCUCAUGAGCAAGAUCUACUCGCGCACUAGGAGAGCAAUACUCUGGCUGGGAGACUUUUCUUAUGGACCAAUCGCGAAAGUGAACCAGAUUCCCCGGAAAACAGCGACAGCGACCUUCGCUUUGAUCAAGGCGAUGGCCGCCAACAAUCACUAUAGCAGUGGCCACGAGGGAGGAAACCGGGAGCUGGCAGACCAGGGCAUCGCAGGUCUAUCUUGCUUGUUCCAGUUACCUUGGUGGAAUCGCGCCUGGACUUUACAAGAAGCGGUUCUUCCAAGCAAUGCCACUGUCGUGUGCGGGACAGUACAGCUGCCGCUUUCAUCGUUCAUGGAGGCAUAUAUGCACUCCAUUAGCCAUCUCGAACAAGGCUGCUGUGAGAAUACAGAUGACUGGGACCCAUUUUGGAAUCAGCUCCAUGGUCUUGUUUCUACAAAGGAAAACAUCCAAGGGGGGCGCCACAGGAUCAACGAUGCGCUUAACAUUUUUAGAGCUCGCCAUGCGUCAGAUCCAAGGGAUAGAAUAUAUGCCUACCUCGGGCUCGGAAGUGACAUCUCAGCAAACUAUUCUAUACCUCAUGAGGAAGUGUUCAAGCUUGCAGCUCGCGCGCUAGUUGAAGAGACGGGAACGCUUUACAGUUUGUUAAGAACUUAUGAAGAGAACAGGUCUCCCUCCCUGCCGACUUGGGCUCCAGACUGGUGUGCCGACUUCAAGGAAAGGGACUACGACAAUGAGCUGGCGUGGCUUUUCCUCCAUCAUUGUUACAGGGCGGCCGGUGAGGUCAAGGCGAUAACCAGGCUCUCUUCCUCUGAUGCGGUUUUAGAUCUACAAGGCCUGGUUUUGGAUCGCAUUGUGGCCGCGGGGCAUGUUCUAAACACUGAUUGCCGCAUGAAGGAAAUCAUUACAGAGUGGCAGCAUACGCCAAAUAGCGAGUACCCGCAGGGAGGAACAUACAAGGAAGCCUCCUGGCGUACAAUAUUGUGCGACAUGGAGAAGAUGGUAAAUUAUGAGCUAAGGCAGGUCAAGAACAUCAGCGCGUAUUCCAAGAGGGGAUUCUCUACAGCCAAAGGCCUGAUUGGUCUUGGGAACAGAGAUAUACAAGUUGGAGAUUUCAUUUGUGUGCUGGGGGGAGGUUCCAUGCCAUUCAUACUGCGUCAGGUUGAGGGACACGGAGGCGACAUUGCGUAUCAGUACAUCGGACAGGCGUAUGUCCACGGAAUCAUGGAUGGAGAAGUGAUGAAUGAGGGACAAGACUUGGAAUGGAUAAGCCUUGUUUGA